AUGGUAAAAGUUGGGAAACUCAUCAAACCCCAUCAACAACUCUGUUAUGCACAUGGCAUCCAAUUGGCUGUUUUGGAUGUUAUUUAUAAACAAAAUACUUCUUCACGUAGUGGCCACGAAGCAUCAAAUGAAGAAAUGUCAGUGCGAAAUGAGACAGUUAGUGAAAGAGCUGAUGAGAAUUGUGACAAUGACUUGGAAAAUGACGAAAAUGACUAA